CAGCACUUUUCUCCGGUUGCAACAAGCAUUCAUUAACCGGGGCGAGGUAGCGGAAAAUAGGCGCCGACAUGUCCCCGCCUAUAUUGUCACCUAUACACUAUCCCUUCACCUGUCCCUGUCCUCGCAGCGGCAAACGGCAAGAAUGCAGACGCUCUACGAUGCAUGGGAAUAUGAAUCAAAGACUUAGCUUCGUACGACCAACAGAGCAGGUACAGCUAGCACGCUGGAUCCAACCCCGCGAACUGCCAGACUCAUGGGUCCAUUAAAGCAAUGAAAUCCUAAUCAAAAUCCUAAUACCUCGCGCGUUCGGAUCCGAAGCCCUGCACUUUCCGCGUGUUCAGAUGAAAUGGUUAUGAGCUGAUCUCAUGUCAGUUCAUUGGACACUUUGGUAGCUCAACACACGAUGCCAGUCAACACAGUGGCGUCUCUCUUGGAGAAUGUGGAUGGUAGAUUCUUGAUCCUUGGGGCCGUGACCAUGUCCCUGCUGUACGUUGUCAAAGUGUGGUCAGCGGGGCCGAAGACCACUUGGGAGAGAGAUUGGGCAGGGAAGAUGAUCCUGGUGAUUGCUCCUCCAUCACCGGUCAUACUGCAAUUGCUCGAUCACCUGCUCCACCUUCCAUCCCCGCCUCAAAUCCUCUUCCUCCCGCCUUACGACUCGCCCCUCCCUGAAUCUCUCUUGACUCUCAUGCAUACCCUUCGACUGAGUAUACGCAAUCCGCAAGCUCAACUUCACUGCGAACCUCUGCCUCAGACGCCUCGAGGCGUCAGAGAGUUCACCGCCAAAUGGGGAAAAGUCUCAACUGGUAUGACUGGUGAAGGUGGAAGGAGGAUAGAUGCUAUUGUCUUUGCCUCAGGAUGGGAAUCUGUCCCAAGUACAAUCUGGUCGAACGAUGAUGAACUCUUGGAUCAGUCCCAGGGUGGAAAGAAGGAGACUCGCUGGACACUACACGAAUACCACUUCCACAUCUUAACAUCUCUCCUGCCGAGUUUGAUCCGUCAACCUCCCGAAAGAAAUAUCCGAGUCAUCUCGCUCAUCUCGCCAGCCUUUGCGGCUGCUCUACCCGCCCUAGAAGGCAGUAAAAAACCUCUGGAGUCGAGUAUUCAGAUCGCUGGAGCCAAAUCUAUCACUGUGCUACUCCUCAUGAAGCACUUUCAGCUCAUUUUCGACACAUUGUCCGCUGCGGCAUUGAAAAAAGUCAAAGAGGUGCCUUCCAGUAACGGGACAUUGAAGAAGAAACAGGAAGGUGUCCGGAGUAAUAUCAUGGUCUUGAGGGUCAUUAUGCCUUGGACUAGGGAAGAAUUCACCUGGGGUUCGGAACCUGGCGAUCCAUUCUUGAAAAAGUUAUUGCGAUUGCUCGUCCUUAUCCCCAUUUUGCUCAUCGUGACCCCGAGUCCAAGCCGAGCGAUCCAACCACUGCUGUUUGCUCUUCAGGCGCCUGUUCGCUACGGCCCUCUGGACGUGUCGACCCCUUCCCCCAUAGCAAAAUCAACGAUCGAAAAGUCGAAAUCUGACAAUAAGGAACUGAGGAACCCGCGAACCGCAGGAGUGGGCAAUGGGGACAUUGUUCGAUACUGUCAGGUCAUUGACUCGCAUCCGGCGCUGGAAGAUCCGGUCAAUGCCAAAGCAAUUUACGAUGCGUUGGAAGGCCGGGUGGAGAAGGUGAUCAAGCGGGAUGCGGGCGGAGAUAAGCAGACUAAGCCGGACGGUACCAAGGCAAAGGCAUGAUGACUAGACAUGAUACGACAUAGA